AAACGUAGAGGCGACCACGAAGUUAACCACAAUUAAACGACCAACCUUAUCAACAUUAAAAGAAAAUACAACUGAUCUUCCAAUAAACUCAACAGAACCGAGACAACCAGUAUUGCCACUUUUAAAGGCAAGUCAUAUGAUCAAUAAAUCUUUCUCUGAUAAUAUCGUCAAAUCUUGGAACAAUAAGUCUUUGAUCAUACGCUGUUUCGUUAUCGGAACAGCAAGGCCGCAUAUUAUAUGGUACAGCCCUAUUGGCAAUGAUAUCACUAACUCUAGCCGUUUAACUAAAGAAGGAAGUCAGCUAUCAGUGAUAACGUUACAAGACACUGAUUAUGGUAUAUAUACCUGUCUUGCAAAGGACAUCUUUGGCUUUGRCCAGCAUGAAAUUAACGUAACAAACUCGUGUAUUUGUCCAACCAUCAAGAAAAGACGCAAGGCGAGAGCUCUGAUAGAGAAUAAACAUCCCAGUCAUAAAAAGAGUAAUCCGGGAUUGAAACAUAAAAAGCUGUAUGUCGUAUGCUUGGGUAUCAUUGGCGUUUCGUGGGUCGUCAGCCUGUUUCUGAUAUUGAAAUUUUGAAUCAUAACUAAACAUGAGACACGCCCUAAUGCACAGACAACAGCGGGCAGGAGAUACAACGAGAAAGUAAGAAAGUCUCUCAAGCAAUGACACUAUCUACGUAUAAAAGUCUACUUAUCCAUCAAAUAACGACAGCUUCCAGGGGAAGAAGGCCAGUGGUUGUCAACCGAUGUUCGUGAUAGAAUCAGGUUGGCGUAGCCUGGUUGAGCAUUGCUGUUGACUGACUGAUAUUGGACUAGACAGUUAAGAUUAGAGUUAGCAUAUCAUGACUACCGCCUUAGCUUGUUAUCAUUUAUUAAUAAUUGAUUAUUUUGCAAAGAAGAACCAGAUCGCUCAAACUACACUAACAUUAAGAGAAAAGUCUAUCUACUGAACAAUAAUAUUUUGUAUAAUUUGUAUUGCUAGAUCGAAUAAUUAAGUGAUCGAAUUAAUAAGUUUAAUUUAUUAUAGUUGGCUCCGUUGGUCAGUGUCAUUGUAGGAAAAUCGAUCAAAAUUACCAAGUGAACUUUUAAAACAAAAACAUAUUGGUGCAGCGCAAUAAAUUAAUUUAACUAGGUCUACUAGACUACUGCGAUAGCAGAAACGAAACAAAAAAAUAAAAUAAAGUAUUAUGCGCACUCGAUCAUAUUUAGAAUGUUAGAAUGCGCAAUAUCAAGUAUUAAAUAUUAUUAUAAUUAUUAAAAUUAAGAAAAUAAAUAGUAAAAAAUUAA